GGGAUAUUCUCACUGAUACUUGCAAAGAUGGCUGCUGCCUGGACUUCAUGAAAUAGAAAAGCAUUGUGAUGACUUUUCAUCAUCUCUACGAAGAGGUGUGGAAAACAAAUUCUGCAGCUGUAAUAUUGCAGAUAACCAUUCAGAAUAGUCCAUCGGAUUGCACUGUUUCGUUCCAGGAUGUUUGCGAAACCGUUCCGUGUCAAAUCCAACACGGUGAUCAAGGGAUCUGACAGGAGGAAGCUCAAAACAGAUGUCUCAAAUGCCUUCCCCGCGCUUUCGGCAGAAGACAUUAAUGAACUUGUCCCGAGCAAGGAAGAGCUGAAUGUGGUCAAGAUAUACGCACACAAAGGAGAUGCUGUCACUUUGUACGUCCUUCACAAAAACCCAAUGUUUUUCGAAGUGGAAAAGCAGCUUUACCCCACAGUAUACACGCUUUGGCGGCAUCCGGAUCUCUUGCAAACCUUCAUAACAUGGCCCGCAGUUCUGCAGAAAUUAGCAGGAGGAGCGGACCUCAUGUUGCCAGGAGUGGUGGUUCCAACCGCGGGACUACCACAGGUCAAAAAAGGGGAGCGCUGCUCUGUUUCCAUGGUGAAAAACAGGGCACCCGUCGCCGUGGGAACCGCCACCAUGUCCACCUCGGAUAUGUGUGAACUUGGCAUGAAAGGGAGGGGCGUGUCCAUUCUGCACACCUAUAUGGACAACCUGUGGGGGUUUGGGGACAAGACAGGGCCCCCCUCCAUCCUGCCUGUGGAGAGCGAGGGGAACGCUGAAGGGGAGAUGGAGGGUGAAGAGCAGGACGUCGGGGAGUGUGAAGGGGAACCUGAGGGAGACCCUGAAGGAGACCUGUCCCCGGACCCCCUCUGCCCGAAUCUGCAGGAGCUCAGCCUAGCUCCGAAGGAGGGGGUAGAAGAGCAGGGGGAGGAGGAAGAAAGGGAGGAGAAGGAGGAUCAGGAGUGUGGAGACGAAGAUGUGGAAGAGGAGGACAGCAGAUCUCCGCAAGAGCAGAUGGAUGCCCUGCUCCUCCAGUGCUUCCUGCACGCCCUGAAGAGUAAGGUGAAGAAAUCAGAGCUCCCCCUGCUGACUAGCACCUUCCUGCGCAACCACAUGAUCACCUGCUGUCCUAGCGGGAAACAGUUGGACCUCAAGAAAUCCAGUUACAAAAAGCUCUCAAAGUUUCUGCAGUGUAUGCAGCAGCAACACCACUUGCUAAAGGUGAAGGAGCUCAGCAAAGGGGUGGAGAGUAUUGUGGAGGUGGCCUGGAAACACCCAGAGCUGCGCUCUUUUUCUCCACCAGAGGAUAGUCCAAAGGAGGAAGGUCCUACAGAGAGCAAUGGGGAGUCUGACCAUCCAUACCACCCUCCAGAAAUCAUCGCCCUCUACUCCGUCUCUGCCCGGCUCCAGCCUCUCUUUGAGGAUUCCCAGAAGAGGAAGGGGGCAGUGCUCUCUGCAGGCGAGGUGAGGACCAUCAUCACAGAGUAUGUGAAGAAGAAUGAGCUGGUCGAUGAGAUAAACAAGAACUAUGUCACCAUCAAUCCCAUACUCUGUGACUGCCUGCUGGAGAAGUCGGAGUACCAGGAGGUGGACAAACUCAAGUGGGACGAUCUCUUUUCCAGGACUCUGGACAGAAUGCAACACUGCCACCAGCUGGUGUUUCCAGGGCGGCAGCCAAUCAUUAGAAAGGGUCACCUCGAACCCAUUGACCUCUCUGUGGCCUCCAGGGGCUCAAACAAGAAGGUGACUCUCAUUAAGAACCUGGAGCUGUACGGUCUGGACCCUGCAGCCAUCGCCGGGGUUCUGCAGCACCGGGUCCAGGCCAGUACUGUCCUCCAUCCCAUACCCGGCUCCAAAGACCGCGUUAUGAUCCAGAUCCAAGGGAACCAGGUCCAGCAAGCUGGGAAACUGCUGCUCGAUCAGUACCAAGUUCCACGCAAGUACAUCCAAGGACUGGAGAAAGUACAGAAACCAGGCAAGAAGAAAUAGAACAAAACAUCAGAUUCUGUCACCAGCUAUUGUAUAGACUUGUAAACAAGAAAAAAGCCUGCUAAUCCCUACUUCAACAAAUAAAGUCUAUUUCUCUUUUGCAAA